ACAGCUGGGUGGACCAACGGGCUGGCGCUGCCUCUUCCUCUCCACGCGGUGAACGAGAUCGGCAGGCCUACACAGCUCGUGCCGAAUGAUGCCGGGGAAACUCCUUAGUGACGCAGAUUUGGAAUCAGACGCGGCCAUGGGAAAAGUGGAGAUAGCGACAAAAACUGAGAAGAAAAGUAGAAAAGAGAAGCCAAAAUCUAAUAAGACUGAAGCGGCAGCAGAAGAAAAGGAAGAAGCUAUUUCCCCCAAAGCUAGAAAAGUUAAAAAGAAAGUAGAGCCUUCUGAGGUUGACAUGAAUUCUCCUAAAUCCAAAAAGGCAAAAAAGAACGAGGAGCCAUCUCAAGAUGAAGUUAAACCCAAAAAGGCAAAAAAGAACGAGGAGCCAUCUCAAGAUGAUGUGAUUUCUCCUAAAAUCAAAAGUGUAAAAAAAACAAAGGAGCCCGGGGAAAAGAAAGUUUCCUCUAAAACCAAAAAAGUAAAAAAAAAUGAGGAGCCUUCUGAAGAAGAAGUGGAUGCUCCUAAGCCCAAGAAGAUGAAGAAAGAAAAGGAAAUGAAUGGAGAAAUUGGGGAGAAAAGCCCCAAACUAAAGAAUGGAUUCUCUCAUUCUGGACUUGACUCUAACUCCAGUGAAGCUGCCAGUGAAGAAAGUAACAGUGAGCUGGAGCAGGAAAUACCUGUGGAACAAAAAGAAGGCGCUUUCUCUAAUUUCCCCAUAUCUGAAGAAACUAUUAAACUUCUCAAAGCCCGUGGGGUGACCUUCCUGUUUCCUAUACAAGCAAAAACAUUUCACCAUGUGUAUAGUGGAAAAGAUUUAAUUGCACAGGCGCGGACGGGAACUGGGAAGACUUUCUCCUUUGCCAUCCCUUUGAUUGAGAAGCUUCUGGGGGAACUGCAUGACCGGAAGAGAGGCCGUGCCCCUCAGGUACUGGUUCUUACACCCACAAGGGAAUUGGCAAAUCAAGUAAGCAGAGACUUCAGCGACAUCACAAAAAAGUUGUCAGUGGCUUGUUUUUAUGGUGGAACUCCCUAUGGAGGUCAAAUUGAACGUAUGCGGAAUGGUAUUGACAUCCUGGUUGGGACGCCAGGUCGAAUCAAAGACCACCUACAGAAUGGCAAGCUAGAGCUCACCAAACUUAAGCAUGUUGUCUUGGAUGAAGUGGACCAGAUGCUGGAUAUGGGGUUUGCUGAUCAAGUAGAAGAGAUUUUAAGUGUGGCAUACAAGAAAGAUUCGGAAGACAAUCCCCAGACACUGCUUUUUUCUGCAACUUGCCCUCAUUGGGUAUAUAAUGUUGCUAAGAAAUACAUGAAGCCUACAUAUGAACAGGUGGACCUGAUUGGUAAAAGGACUCAGAAAACAGCAAUAACUGUGGAGCAUCUGGCUAUCAAGUGCCACUGGACUCAAAGAGCAGCAGUUAUUGGGGAUGUGAUCCGGGUGUACAGUGGUUUUCGUGGGCGCACUAUUAUCUUCUGUGAAACCAAGAAAGAAGCCCAGGAGUUGUCUCAGAAUACGUCCAUGAAGCAGGAUGCCCAGUCAUUACACGGAGACAUCCCACAGAAGCAAAGGGAAAUCACCCUGAAAGGUUUUAGAAAUGGUGAUUUUGGCGUUAUGGUUGCAACCAACGUUGCUGCACGUGGAUUAGACAUCCCUGAGGUUGACCUGGUUAUACAAAGUUCUCCACCAAAGGAUGUGGAGUCCUACAUUCAUCGUUCUGGGCGAACAGGUAGAGCUGGAAGGACUGGGGUUUGCAUCUGCUUUUAUCAGCACAAGGAAGAAUAUCAGUUAGCGCAAGUGGAGCAAAAAGCGGGAAUUAAAUUUAAACGAAUAGGUGUUCCUUCUGCAACAGAGAUAAUAAAAGCUUCCAGCAAAGAUGCCAUCAGGUUUUUGGAUUCUGUUCCUCCCACUGCUAUCAGUCACUUUAAGCAGUCAGCAGAGAAACUGAUAGAGGAGAAGGGAGCCGUGGAAGCCCUGGCGGCAGCACUGGCCCAUAUUUCAGGGGCCACAUCUGUAGACCAGCGCUCCUUGAUCAACUCAGAGGCGGGCUUUGUGACCAUGAUCUUGAAGUGCUCAAUUGAAAUGCCAAACAUUAGUUAUGCUUGGAAAGAACUUAAAGAGCAACUGGGUGAGGAUAUUGAUUCCAAAGUGAAGGGAAUGGUCUUUCUCAAAGGAAAGGAGGGUGUUUGCUUUGAUGUCCGUACUGAAGCAGUCACAGAAAUACAGGAAAAAUGGCAUGAUUCCCGGCGCUGGCAACUCUCUGUGGCCACGGAGCAACCGGAGCUGGAAGGACCACGGGAAGGAUUCCGAAGCUUCAGGGGACAGCGGGAAGGCAAUCGAGGCUUUAGGGGACAGCGGGACGGAAGCAGAAACUUCAGGGGACAGCGGGACGGAAAUAGAAACUUCAGAGGACAGCGAUCAGGAGGUGGCAACAGAAAUAACAGAUUCCAAAACAAAGGCCAGAAACGGAGUUUUAAUAAAGCAUUCGGUAAUUGAAGUAGACGAUUUAUAUGGCAAAACAGAACUAUGUUUGGCAACAUGGAACUGAACUUUUUUUUUUCCAUACAAAGUUAAAAAUACAUUGUGCUUCCUUCCUGACCACUUACUUGCCUUGGCCCAUCUCUUCCAGAGAAAUAAGCUUCAUUUAAAUCACUUCAUCUGAUGAUUGCCAUUUAUAACUUUAUUGCCACUUCUGUAUCAGGUUUUCCUUUUGAAAAGGUAUAUGAAUUCAUUGCAUUUUUAUUCCAAUGCAUUUUUUAUAUAAGAUAAAGUCAAGUAUGUAUCUGCCUAUACUUUUAAGUUGACCAGUCUUUAUACUUAAAAGUAUCUCUGAAUAGUGUUCCUCCCUAAGUACCUAUGCAGAAUGCAGCAGUCUCUGAGAAGCACUUUGUUCUGUAAUUAGCAUUCCUCAGCCACCUCCUAACGAUUCCUCAUGUGAUCCUAUAACACGUCUUCUGAGAAUACUGAGCAAUGUUUUGAAGCAAGAUUUCAAACUGAGCUUGGAUGUAAUAAAGUUUAUGCCAGCCUAUGCUAUAGAUUUGGAGGCUAGUGAUACAUAUGGUAGGAGACAAUAUGUGGAUUAGCCAUCAUUUUGUGCAUUUUGAUACAUUUUUAGCUUCUCAAUAUAGGGUGAUUUGUGCUUCAGUGAAUUCUUCAUAGAUUUUAUACAUCUAUAUAACUCUAUAUAUAACAAAAUGUUUUUAAUAGAGAGCAAAUGUCUCUAAGGAAUUCUAAAUGUAUGAGAUGGCUCCAUAACUUUCUUCAUAAGUAAGGAGGCUGGGUAAAUGGGGCUUGAUGAUAAUGUAUUACACUUCCUGUUUACCAAGAAGGAGUUAAGGGAAUAGGGGGCAGAGAUUUGCAUUGCUGAAAAAUCAAAACAAAACAAAACCACUGAAAAUAUUUUUCAUAUGCAAGAAGGAAACACCUGUUAAGAGCAAAGAGAAGAACAAGUGAAGAAAAAAUAUCUUUAAUUGGUAGAAACUUAAUGGUUAUUAAUGUCUCUGGCGGUUAAUGUUUAAUGUGCAAACUGGAAUUUUUAGGUAGAAUGAUCUGGGUUAGUUUCUCAAAAAAGCCUAUUCCUAUAGCCACAGUAUAGGAAUCUUUAUUAAACUGCUAUUCCAUUGGGAGGUUUUAAAGACAGACUAUAUGAUUAUUUUAAGUUGUUGCUUUGAGGGAAUUGGAGAACUUGUUAUAGCCUCUGGCCAGAUAGUUAACUGAGUUCUCAAGUAUUACUUCUCUGAGAAACCUUCUGCAUGGUCCAGGAGCUUAAGAAUGGCAUUGUCUUCUCGCCUUAAUUCCUAGAAAUUCUGUACUGGGAAUCUCAGGGAAUAAACUGAUGGGAGAAGUUAAACUGCAUGGCCUAUUUUGUUUUCAUUUAAUUAUUUUGAAUAACUGAAAUCUUUCUAGGACCUGGUUUUUCUCACUUAGUGUCUUUUAUCUAUCUGCCUUUUACUUGAUCACCUUGCAAUAAGGGGCUCAGAUAGCCACUCACCCCUGAUUCUCGAGGCUGUGUCCUUUUUCUGUUUGGGCUUCAGUUCCGUCUUCGAAUCCUGACCGGAUGUUUCUCAGUUCUCAGAAAUUUUCUUGGCUUUUAUUUCUUGAUCCACUUGUCAGUGUUGCCACUUUUCCUCCUGUUCCUCGUGGCUACCUGUCAAGCCACAGGAAUUUAGGGGAAGGUGUUUGGUGACCGAAUUCAUGUGCCUUGUGGAUUAUAAUUAAUAAGAAAUAAAACAUUUCACAGUUUAGAUAGAAAUGGGUACUUUAUCAAGCAGAUUAAAAGGACAUAGUACUUGUUCUUUAUUAAAACCUUGAUGUGCAUUAGCCUAAAGAAAAAUAAUCAAACCUAAAUCAAGAAUAAGGGGAACAUUAUUGGAUAUUUCACUUUACACAACUUAAUUUUAAGGAAAACAUGGCUAUGGCUGUUUCAGUAAAUGAAGCUAAAGUCUCUUCUGGAUCCUAGAAUUAAAACUAUAUUUAUAAAUGUGUACUAGUGAUUCAGCUACUGCUCGGUUGAAAUGGGCUUUUGCGUUAGCCUGGGGAAUGUUACCACUUUUACUAUUUUCUACAGAGAAAAUAUUUUCCAAUUUAUGAACUCAACGAACUUUUAAAAUCCAGCCCAUUUUUACAUUGGUGUUUUCUAUGCAGUGGUUUCUUUACAAUUGUACAUAAGAUAUUUUUACUAUAAAAUUGUGUUAAUGUAUAAAAUAUUGCUUUAUGCCAUAAUAAAGGUAUUAGCACUGUU